AUGGCUGAAAAGGAACCCACGACAAAGAAGAGCCAGGCUCGGCUGAGCUCUUUGUUCAGACGCAAGACAGUCAUUGAAGACGGAAAUGAGCCUGCUCCUCUUAGCUCGCCAGUCCAGGCACCAGUCUCACAUUAUCCGACGUAUAUCGCCGAGUAUCAGUUGAAAUCGCAGCCUCAGCCACUGGUAUCUCCUCCUCGACACUCGCAAAGUUUGAAUGCUGGAAAAGGCAACUAUCGGCCCUAUCCGAACCCUAUUCCAGCUCCUUUUCCCGUCCCGGGGUCGUUAGUUUCCAAGAUUGAGGAGAGGGAGGCCAUGGCCAUAACGAACUCGCAGAAUCCCACCACGGUCCCACUUCCACAAUCUCCAGUGUCAAUCUCUGAAGAGACACCUAGGUUUUCUUCUCUGAAUGGGAGAGAAGUGACGGGGUUCCCACCUACAGGUCCCCAUAAUUACAACAUCACCCCUAUUAGUUCAGCCAUAUCCAGACCGAGUGUAGUAUCUACUCUCGACUACUCUGACCUGCAACCAUAUGACUACACGCCUCUCGAAACAGGCUUCAUCAGACUCAUCAGGAUUGCGCCAGGCCACAAAACUAUAAUCGAGUGUGAAAUUAUCCAGGCUCUUAUCACCAACACGCCCCAAUACGUCGCUGUAUCAUACACAUGGGGCGACGUCGGUGAUACCAAGAAUAUCGACAUUGAGGGAUCUCGGGUGCCCAUUACCGUCAACCUUUAUGGAGCAUUAGAAGCACUUCGACAAAGACAAUCAUCUGUGUUGGUUUGGGCAGAUGCCUUGUGUAUUGAUCAAAAGAAUACAGAUGAGAGGAGCCAGCAUGUUCAGCUUGUGGAUCAGAUUUACGCCAACGCUGCUUUUGUAGCCAUAUGGCUUGGACCUGAAAACAACGAUAGUACAAGAGCGGUAGAGCUUCUGGCUAGACUCGCGCCGCCGACUUCUCAGGCUAUGCCAGAUCAAGAUGUCUCUCGGAUACUGGCAGAAGGCGCUGAGGACGGGGAUUUACUGGCCGCUGUGUCGCUGUUUGGAAGAGAUUACUGGAAAAGACUCUGGGUUUCACAAGAGAUCUUCCACGCAAAACGAAUUGCUGUUCACUGCGGAGAAACAUUUCUCCCUUGGCAAUCAUACAAGACUGCUUCAACAUUGUUUCGCAGACAUCACGCUGAACUUGUUUUCAAGACAAAUGGUCCUGAUAUGAGAAGACCUGACAAAUUUACUUGCGUGCAGACUCUGAUUCAUGGGGGGCCCGCCAGCCUCCCGACUCUCAAGUCUCAGGUUCUGAAUGGACAAAACGCCCUUCUCGAAGUACUAAGAGCUAGUCGAAGCCAAGUAUCGUCUGAUCCACGAGACAAGCUCUACGGUAUACUCGGUGUUUUGCCUGCGCAUGUUCGCAACGGUUUCCGUGUCGACUAUAAUCUUUCCGUCAAGGAUGUUUACACAGAAAUUGUUGAGUUUCUUAUCCAAACUACUGAGAAGCUGGAUGUUAUCUGCGAGUCUGUGCACUUCCCAGUCAAUACAGGAUCCUCCAAUUUGCCUUCCUUUGUUCCAGACUGGUCCCAUAUCCCACUCACGUCAGCCAUGGGCCGCCAGUACGGCUUCAGCGCAUCAGGUCCUACAAAGGCGAUUUGCAAAUUUCAUGAUGAGCGUUUGAACAAGCUUGAAAUUUCAGGCAUCGAAAUAGAUGUCGUUCAGACCAAAGGAAUGGUUGUUGGAACUCUUUGCAACCUGGGAGACUUUCUAAUGGCGUUUCUACACUGGAGGGCUUUACUUCUUGCAGCUGUGGAGGGACGAACACAGUUUCAGAUACAGUUGGCAGAAGAGGCUUUCAUGGCGACGAUAUGUCUUGGUCAGAUAACUACCGGAUAUGAUAGAAGCCGCUGGAAGCUGGUAUCCUACCAUGCCAUAGUGAAUCUCUUCCGCGAUCGUCUCCUGCAUCUUCCUCUCGAUGAUAUGUUACGAAUGCAUGUCGAUAUACCUACGAACAUCCCACCUGAAGCACGAAGACAGUUUUUUCAGACCAACUUUGGGGAUCGUAUGAUAGGAAGGACUUUCUGUCUUACCCAGAACCGCAGACUCGGAUUCGGAUCUGGAGCUAUGCUUCCGGGGGAUGUUGUGGUUGUGCCUCUGGGUUGCUCGACUCCAGUGUUGCUGAGACCAGAGGGAACGCAGGGCGAGUAUAGAUAUGUGGGAGAUAUUUACAUUGAGAAUUACAUGUUUGGCAAGGCAAUUGAUCAGUGGCAGGCUGGAGAAAGGGAAUUGAAGAAGUAUGUUCUCCAUUAA